AUGGACUUUAUGCCCUUCCUGUCGGCUUCAGUCAACUUCAUUCAGCAGAUCCUCCCGGACUUGCUCAGGAAGAAAGUUCAGUUUUACCGUCACGAACACGCUCGAGCGGUACCAGCGCGACGGUUUGGAGGAAAGCGCUUCCGGUCAAGUGAGAAAUUAGAAUGGAGUUCACAUGAAGCACGAAAAGAGCUGACUGACAUUUUGGGGAUCCCUGGCACAAGUGCUCAAGAGUGGCGUACGGAUCCUUCAGCCAGACUUGGACGCCGUUCCGGCGGAGCUCAUUCUGAAUCGUUGGAGGAUGAGCAUCGUCCCUCUUGCCGCUUUUCUUCAGAGUUUCCUAGCCAUCGGUCGUUCUCAUCGUCUUCGUCAAGCUCUGAGCCAAGCGAAGAAAUCGGGCAGGAAAUUCAGAUUUGGAAGGAUGCCAAGAAGUGCACAAUAUGGAUCCGUUAG